AAUGAGUGAUCAAUCUUAAUACUUGAAUAAAAGUGUCAAAGUGGUUUGUUCAGACAACAGAGUCAUCUAUGGAGUGCUUUCAUGCAUCUCCUCACCUUUUUCUAUCAUACUCUAACACUCUGUUGCCACUCACCCAUCACCUUUGGAUCUAGAUAUAGAAUUUCACUACACUCCCUAAUUCCCAGCCAAAUACUUUACAAAUGAUGAAUCAAUUAGAGAAGCCUAUAACAAUUACAAUAAAGCCACUGAAGAAACAAAAUAAGAAUUAUAAGCAAAGGUAGAUGAGGCCAAGGCAUUCAAUGAUCAAUUUAUGAAAGACAAAUACUAUGUUGGCAGCGUCGUCAUACCUGGAGAACACAUACAAAAUGUCAUAUUAAUCUAAUGACCCAAAC